UAUACUCUAUCAUCAUCAUGGAACGUCCAGAACCAAAGAAAUUUCGAAGGAUUGCCAAGCCAGUGAUGGAAAAGCGCAGAAGGGACCGCAUCAACCACAGCCUGGAGACACUGAGAAUCCUGCUCUCUGGAAAUAAUGAGAAACUGAGGAGCCCUAAAGUGGAGAAGGCUGAGAUUCUGGACAGCGUGGUGAACUUCCUCCGUGCUGAACAUGCACAGCUUCAGGCCCGCCGGAAGAGAGCUCGGGAAGAGGUAGACCAAGAGCAAGAUGAAGAAGAAGGCAACAUGUCUCCUCCCCACAAGCAGAUGUACAGCGAUGGUGUGACGGCCUGUUUGCUGACCGUCAGCCACUUCAUGUCCUCUAAAAACCAAGAACUGGAAUGCGCACCAGAGCAGAAGGCUUCCUACAGUCCCCACCACUCAUCAACGUCAACAGGAAAUUCCUAUAAAUAUCCAGCGACCAUGACGAUGCCACUUUACGACCGCAGGACUCUGACAGCGAAACAACAGUCCAGACAGUCAUCCCUAGCAACGUGCCUCACCACAUCCACUGUACCGUAUGGACAACAGGCCGGUUACCUGGCAACCACAAACAUGGCCGCCUCUCACAGGCCCGCAUUGGUGGUCAGUAGUGACUGUGUGUGGAGACCGUGGCCGCAGUAGCUAGCAAUUGUGGGGUUCCCUGAAGUGAAUCUACUGGGCAAUGUGGAACCCGGACCCAGGACAAGGUCAUGUGAAGGGCCCCCCCUCCUGUCGUCUUUCCUGUCUGGAACAGUCCUGAUCCAUCCCCUUUAAGUGGUAUCCGUCCUGUUUUUGGCAUGGGUGGAAUUUGUGCUGACCUGUAAUAGCACGGCAGGAUCAUAUGACUGGACAUACUACACAUAGAUAUAUUUUUGUCUAUGAAUACCUUGUGAUGAAUUGAUGUGCCAUUUCUGGUAUACCGAGGUGAAAGAUGACUGAAAUGGGAUUCCUAAGUGAUCUCGUGGUGAAUGCAUGUCAAAAAGAACUUGUACUGUUUCUGUAUAUUUGCAAAUCGGUUUGGCUAUGACUUCCUGUGAGAUGAUAGUUGUGCUUUGAAAAAACUGUAUAUAUGUACUUUUGUACAGUGGAUAUGUUUAUUUUUUUGAACGCGGAUGUUUAUUUUUUUGAAACUGUAUCCUGAAUGAGCUGUCUACUUGUAUAUUUUACUUUUUUGAGAGAGGGUGGUAUUUGGUAUCACCAUUCAUUUAUUUUUUUCCAGAAUUUUCGUGCUUACCUUUUUAACAGCAGAUGGAUCAAAGUGUUUUUACAAAGAGCUUUUGAUUUUUAGUUUUUUCCCCUUCUCAUUCCUGUUUACAUUAAACACGGGAAGUUGGAGACUGUCACUGGUUCUAUUUUUGUAUUAAAACAAAAAACUUCAAACUUCA